AUGCCUGAAGCACUCCAGGCGCUCUACAUCGGCAUGGAGGUGGUGAUUGCCGUCUUCUCCGUCCUGGGUAAUGUGAUGGUGGUCUGGGCUGUGAAAAUUAACAAGUCGUUGAGAGACACAACAUUCUGUUUCAUCGUUUCUCUGGCACUGGCGGAUAUCGCAGUGGGAGCCCUCGUCAUCCCCUUGGCGAUAACUAUCAGCAUCGGACUCCAAACUCACUUCUACAGCUGCCUGAUGGUCGCGUGCACGGUGCUGGUGCUGACGCAAAGUUCCAUCCUAGCCCUCCUGGCCAUUGCUAUUGACCGCUAUCUCAGGGUCAAAAUUCCAACCAGGUAAACACAACCAGCUCAUCAUGUCUUAUACGUACACUGACCAUAGCACAGGAGGUUGGUGGCACCAUAAUUGGGGAGGACGGACUCGUGGUAAUGGCUGGAGCGGAAUAGGUGGAAUGGUAUCAAACACAUGGUUUCCAUUUGCUCUGUUCCGGCCAUUAUUAUGAGCCCGUUCUCCCCUCAGCAGCCUCCUGUGCCAUCCAGUUAUAGGCUAACUUAGCAGGUAGAUAAAAUGCACUACUGAGGAUGAUGAUGAUGAGGAGGAUGUAAGAAGAAGGUGAUAUGAGGGUGAGGGGAAGAAGGAGGUGAUGAAGAGGAGGAUGUGAUGAAGAUGGCGUAAUGAUGAGGAGGAGGAGGUGUGGAGGGGGAGGAGGGGGUAGUGAAUAUUGUGUAUGAGAUGAGGAGGGGAAAUUUAAUGAAGAAGGUGUAAUGAUUAGUGGGCGGAUGACGAGGUGAUGAAUAGUAGUAAUUAUGAUGAUGAGGAGGAGUACCGUGAUGAAGAGUCUAAUGAUAGGGAUUGAGUGAGGAAGUAUGUAAGAGGUGUAAUGAUUAGGGGGAGGAGGACGAGUGAUGAAGAGAUGUAAUGAUGAUUAUGAGGAGAGUUGAUGAAAGGGUGUAAUGGUGAGAGGAGGUGAUGACAGGGGUGUAUCGAUGAUUCUGAGUGCUGAUUUGAUGCCUGAGUUGUAACUGAUGAUUAUUCUGUGCUGCAUUUGUUUCAUUAUUAUUAUUCUAUGUUUUGCGCCUCGGUGUCAUGCCUGCUGAUCUUCGCUUUGCUGCACGCGGGUGUCCUGUCUGCUGCUGCGGCUGAGGUUCUGCCCCGGGUGUACUCGAGUUGUGCUGCCUCGGUUGUACCUGCCUUCCCUGCUGGCUUCGGCGGUGCUGCCGCGGGUUGUCCUGCGGCGGCCGUGUGCUCCGCCGGUUUCCUCUGCUGCCUGCGGCGGUUGUUGCUGCUGCGAGGUCUACUGCUGCUGCGGCGGAGGUGCUGCCGCGGAUGUCUGCUGCGUCUGCGGUACUGCGGCGCGGCGGUGCUUGCCGCGGGUGUCCUGCUCUGCGGCGGCGGUGCUGCCGCGGGUUUCCUGCUGCUGCUGCACGGCCCCACCGGUUUUUUGGGCCCCUUUUUGCCGCGGGUGGUCCUCUGUGCUGCGGCGGUGUGCCGCUGGUGUCCUGCGGCGGCUGCGUGCUGCCGCGGGUGUCCUCUGCUGCUGAGCGUUGCGGUGCUGCCCUCCGGGUCCUGCUGCUGCCUGCGGCGGCGGCGGGGCUGCCGCGGGUCGUCUGGUGCUGCUGCUGGGCAGGCUGUGCUGCAGCGGGUCCUCCUAGCUUCUUCGGCGCGGUGUGCCGCUGUUGUCCUGCGGCUGCGGCGGUGCUGCCGCGGGUGUCCCUGCUGCCUUCUGCGCGCGGUCUGCCGCGGGCCUUCCUGCGGCGGCGCCUGUCCUGCCGCUGGUGUCCUGCUGCUGCGCGGCGGCGGUGCUGCCCCGGUGUCCUGCUGCGGCUCGGCGACGGCGGUGCUGCCGCGGGUACUCGCUCCGGCUGCGGUGCUGCUUGGUUUCCUGCUGCUGCGCGGCCGGUCGUGCCGCGUUUUCCUGUGCUGCUGGCGGGCGGCGGUGCUGCCCGGGUGUCCCUGCUGCUGUCCCGGCGGCAUGUUGCUGAGCGGGUUUCCUGCUAGCGGCGCGGCCGGCGGCGGCGGUGCUGCCGCGGUCUGACUGCUGCUGCGCCCGGCGGCGGCGGCUGGGUGCGGCCGCGGGUUCCUUCUGCUGCGGGGCGGCCUCGGCGGUGCUGCCCGGGUGUCCUGCUGCUCUAGCGGCGGGGUGCUGCCGCGGGUGUCCUGCUUCUGCUCGCGCGGCGGGUGCUGCCCGGGUGUACUCUGCUGCUGCGGCGUGCGGUUCUGCCGCGGGUGUCCUGCUCUGCUGGCGGCGUGCUGCCGCUUGGUUCCUGCUGCUGCUGCGGCUGCGGCGGGCUGCCGCCUGGUGUUGGUGCUUCCUGCCUGCGCGGCGGUGCUGCCGCGGGUCUCUGCUUCUGCGUGCGGUCGUGCCGCGGUUGUCCUUCGGAGGCGGCGUGCUGCCGCGGGUGUCCUGCUUCUUGCCUGCGCCGCGGUCCAGUUCGCGGCUGUCCUGCGGCGUCGGCUGUCUUGCCGCUGGUGUCCUGCUGCUCUGCGGCGCGGUGCUGCCCCGGGUGUCCUUCUCUGCUUGCGGCGGCGUGCCUGCUCGGGUCCUGCUCUGCUGCUGCGGCGUGCGCCGCGGGUCUCCUGUGCUCUGCGGCGGCGGUCGUGGCCGCGGUGGUCCUGCUGCUGCUUCGCUGCUGUGCUGCCGCGUGUGUCCUUCUGCUGCUGCGGCGCGGUGCUGCCGCGGGUGUCGCUGCUGCCGGCGCUGCGGCCGGCGGCGGCCGGUGCUGCCCGGGUUGUCCUGCUGCUGCUGCGCCCGGCGGCGCGGCCGGCGGUGCUCCGCUGGUGUCUCAUUCUGCGGCCGCGGCCGCGGCGGUGCUCCCCGGUGUCCUGCUGCUGCUGCGGCGGCGGUGCUGCCGCCGGUGUCCUGCUGCUGCUGCGGCGGCGGUGCUGCCGCGGGUUCCCUGCUGCUGCUGCGGCGGCGGAUGCUGCCGCGUUUGUCCUUCUGCUUCUGCGCGGCGUUCUGCCGCGGUCUCCUCUGUGCCUGGCUGCGGUAUUGCCUCGGUUGUCCUGCUGCUGCUGCGGCGGCGGGGGCGGACGGCGGUGCUGCCCGGUGUCCGCGGCUCCUGCUGUCCGCUCUGCUUCCGAAGUUGAUGGUGGUCUCAUGAUGGUGGUCUCCUCGCCCAUUCUUCAUUCCAUGUGCUUGCUUAUCGCCUGCUACAUUCCCUCACUCACUCACUCCCUCUCUCCUCCUCCCUCCCUCCCCGCACUCACUCCCUCACUCACUCACUACUCCCUCACUCCCCUCCUCCCUCACUCCCUCACUCACUCACUCACUCACCUCCCUCACUCACUCCCUCACAUCACCUCACCUCCACACACCCACACACACACCCCCCCCCCCCCCCACACACACACACACCACACACACACACCCACACCCAACACCACCCCCACACACUCCUCUCUCUGACAUGAAUUGAUUCUGUUUCUUAUUUCACUAGGAAGCCCUAUAUCCUACCAGCACUGCCAGUACCCUGUAGGCAUUUAGAGGGGAGGGGUCUGACAUACUGGUAUUGACAUGACAGCUUAACACACACACAUGCAAGCAAGCAAGCACACACACAAGCACACACACAAACGUGUGAAGACACACACACACACACACACACACACAUUGACAGCUUACCAUAGCAGAGCUGAUACAAGCAGCUCUAAUUAGCUGUUAUGUCCUCGGGAAUGCAGUGAAGGAAGGAUUGGAGACUAACAAGCUGUGACUGUGUGGAGAAAAAUCACAUCUUUGUCUGUCUUACCCCUUCUUCUCUGCUGCCAAUGUGCUGCUUUUUGUUGUUCAACUUACAGUACCUGUCCAUUUUCUAGGGGACUUAUUCAAAGAUAUUAGAGGAGAAUACCGUUUGAGGUCAAAACGCGUCAGCUUAUUUAAUUAAUAAAAGAGCACCUAUGCAUUACACAUUUUUUUUUGUUUUUUUGCCGUCUUUCGGUUUGGAGACGGCUUUCCUUUUUUGAAAGAUGAGGAUAUUGGUUUGUGUUACAGUGGAAUGAGUGAGUCUGUGACAGUGAAAGAAACGACACAUGCUGUGUUUCAUGUACACACCCGCUACUGCUGCCAUGUUCAGAGGGAAACAGAACGCUUGGGGCUAUGCUGCUGAGGAGAAGCAGAAGGAGGCUGAGGAGCACAGAAUGUGGUCCAUUUGUUGUUGAAUAUUGUUAGACAGUGAUAUACUCGCUUUCAAUCCUUUUUUUUAACGAAGCCACUUUGACUUUGGAGAGAGAUUGUGAAUGGUUAAUUUGUCAUGACAGAAGAGAGAGAGAAGAAUAAGCGCAGAGUAUAAGAGAUAGAUAUAGAGAAGGCGUAGAGAGAGAGAGACAUAGAUACAGAGAGAGCGAAGAGAUACCUAGAUGAGAGAUAUAGAAGAGAGAUAGAUAGGAGAGAUAAGACAAGAAAGAUACUUGUUACUUUGUCACUUCGCCUGCUAGAAAGAUAGGAGAGAGCUCGAGGAUAGAGCUAGGCGUGAGUAUAUAGAGAGAGAGCUAGCGAGCUGGCUGUAAGAUAGCGAUCCGCGCGAGCAGAGCGAGAGCAAGAACGAAAUCGCCCAGAGAGAGAGAGAGAGACAAUAGAAAGAAAGAAAGAAAAAAGAGAAGAAUACGGGAAUUUGUCCAUGUCAUGCGUAAUUCAGAGCGAUAGGUAGAGAGAGUGAGAGAGAGAGAGAGAGAGAGCAGAAGAGAUAGAGAAGAGAGAAGAGAGUGUAGAGAGGAGAUUGUCCAAGAUAUAGAGAAGAGAAGAGAGAUAGAGAUUGAGAGAGAGCGCGGAUUGGCCAUAUUUGUCCAUGCACUUUUGACUCCUCCUGGCAGUGGCAUAGCUGAAUCUCAUUACUGUCUUUGAUGUCUUCGUCUAUUAUUAAACCUUGUCAAGUUAUCAGUUAGCUCACACCUGCCAUCGCCUCUUUCACAACACCUUUAACACUUCUACAGAAAAUAACACUUCAAAUUAGGCAGGACUAUAAUUUAACUAUUUCCAAUUAUAAAUCAAUCAAUGGUUCCACAGUAGUUGUUCUGAAUGACCAAAGGACAAAAAGGAACGGUCCAUAAUGGACAAUUUAGUGUCAAUAUUGGAUAUAAAUCUGGAUUUCUGGAUCUUUUAAAAUCAUUAAACAGUCAUCAUCAUCAUCAUCAUCAUCAUCAUCAUCAUACGUGUAAUACACCCUAAUAAUGCAUACAUCUAAAUCAGACCUGUAAAAUACACACGGGCCUAUAUAGCUUUACGAGAGGAUCACCUCUCACUAUCCACAUGAUAUGCUGUCACGGACGUUGAAGACGAAUGUAACAGCGUUGCUUCCGUCCCUCUCCUCGCCCCUACCUGGGCUCGAACCAGGGACCCUCUGCACACAUCGACAACAGUCACCCUCGAAGCGCCGUUACCCGUCGCUCCACAAAAGACGCGGCCCUUGCAGAGCAAAAACCAUAACAUGGAUACUAAACAUGCACGCCCUGACCAAACUAACUAGAGUUCUAUAGGUCAGGGCGUGACAUAUGCACAUGGACAGAGUAACACAGGAGGACACAACAGGCAAUGUGAAUCAUUUGGUACAUAUGAUAAGAAACCAUUUACAUUGUUUAUUAAUCUACGCUAGAUCAUGAGAGUGUGUGUGUGUGUGUGAGAGAGAGUGUGUGUGUGUGUGUGUGUGUGAGAGAGAGUGUGUGUGUGUGUUUUGUGUGUGUCUGUGUGUGUGUGUGUCUGUGUGUGUGUGUGUGUGUCUGUGUGUGUGUGUGUGUGUGUGUCCUGUGUGUGGUGUGUGUCUGUGUGUGUGUGUGUGUGUGUGUGUGUGUGUGUGUGUGUGUGUGUGUGUGUGUGUCUGUGUGUGUGUGUGUGUGUGUGUGUGUUACCGUCAUCUCUUCGAGCGAAAAUAAAAAGAUGGCAGUGCUUGGAGGAAGGAGGGAUGAAAGAGAAGGUAUAUAAUGAGGAUAGUUCUACUUCUUCUGUAUUUUUCUUUAUGUUGAAAAGUUGUAUGGGAGCUAUGUGUUAUGUUAUAGGUGACUAAGUCUGUGUGUUAUAGUAUAGGUGACUAACUCCUUGUGUUAUGGUAUAGGUAACUAACUCCUUGUGUUAUGUUAUAGGUGUCUAACUCCUUGUGUUAUGGUAUAGGUGACUAACUCCUUGUGUUAUGGUAUAGGUAGCAAACUCCUUGUGUUAUGGUAUAGGUAACUAACUCCUUGUGUUAUGGUAUAGGUAACUAACUCCUUGUGUUAUGGUAUAGGUGACUAACUCCUUGUGUUAUGGUAUAGGUGUCUAACUCCUUGUGUUAUGGUAUAGGUAACUAACUCCUUGUGUUAUGGUAUAGGUGUCUAACUCCUUGUGUUAUGGUAUAGGUAACUAACUCCUUGUGUUAUGGUAUAGGUGUCUAACUCCUUGUGUUAUGGUAUAGGUGACUAACUCCUUGUGUUAUGGUAUAGGUGACUAACUCCUUGUGUUAUGGUAUAGGUGACUAACUCCUUGUGUUAUGAUAUAGGUGUCUAACUCCUUGUGUUAUGGUAUAGGUGACUAACUCCUUGUGUUAUGGUAUAGGUAACUAACUCCUUGUGUUAUGGUAUAGGUAACUAACUCCUUGUGUUAUGGCAUAGUUGACUAACUCCUUGUGUUAUGAUAUAGGUGACUAACUCCUUGUGUUAUGGUAUAGGUGACUAACUCCCUAACCGCCUGGUUUCUCUUUAUCUCUACAGCUAUAAGCGUGUGGUGACAAAGCAGCGAGCGGCCGUGGCGGUGGUGGUGUGCUGGACCGUGGCCUUCAUCGUGGGCUUGACCCCCAUGCUGGGCUGGAACAACCUCUGGAGGUAGAUGGCCAUGUAUUUUAAAUUAGUUGUGUGUUGUUUUCUAAUUGCGAUGUGACAUUAUCUGUGUCCGAAAUGGCUUCCUAUUCCCUAUAUAGUGCACUACUUCUGAACAGGGCCCCAUAUGGUUGCCAUUUCAGGCUCCCCAAUUGUCCUUUCGAUUAUGUAUUUAUAAAUAACUCAGUUAUUCUAGUUCUGCUAUUGAUACUAUGUAUCUAUAAUAUACCCAAUUAGAUAACACCUCCCGCAAGUAAAUAACACCUCCCGCUAUCUCUUGCUCCCCGUCAACCCCCCCCCCCCAUUUCACCCCCCCCCCCCCCCCCCCCCUCCCUUCACCCCCCCCCCCCCCUUUCUCUUCCUCCCUGCAGGCUACAGCAGAACAGUUCCAUGAAUGAGGAUCUCACCAUCACCUGUCAGUUUGAGAACGUAAUCAGCAUGGACUAUAUGGUCUACUUCAACUUCUUCGGCUGGGUAUUAUAACAUCUCUCUUUAUGUAGUAUAUCGGCUGGGUAAUAUAACAUCUCUCUUUAUGUAGUAUAUCGGCUGGGUAUUAUAACAUCUCUCUUUAUGUAGUAUAUCGGCUGGGUAAUAUAACAUCUCUCUUUAUGUAGUAUAUCGGCUGGGUAAUAUAACAUCUCUCUUUAUGUAGUAUAUCGGCUGGGUAAUAUAACAUCUCUCUUUAUGUAGUAUAUCGGCUGGGUAAUAUAACAUCUCUCUUUAUGUAGUAUAUCGGCUGGGUAUUAUAACAUCUCUCUUUAUGUAGUAUAUCGGCUGGGUAAUAUAACAUCUCUCUUUAUGUAGUAUAUCGGCUGGGUAUUAUAACAUCUCUCUUUAUGUAGUAUAUCGGCUGGGUAUUAUAACAUCUCUCUUUAUGUAGUAUAUCGGCUGGGUAUUAUAACAUCUCUCUUUAUGUAGUAUAUCGGCUGGGUAUUAUAACACCUCUCUUUAUGUAGUAUAUCGGCUGGGUAUUAUAACAUCUCUCUUUAUGUAGUAUAUCGACUGGGUAUUAUAACAUCUCUCUUUGUGUAGUAUAUCGGCUGGGUAAUAUAACAUCUCUCUUUGUGUAAUGUAUCAUGUUCAUAAGACUUGAGGUCAGGGCGUCUGAUGUUGUUUGUUGAACUAAAGCGUUUCAGGGAUACAUACAUUGUUGUUAAGUAGCUCUGUAGGUCAACUAGUGCAUGGGGUAAAACACGGUACUGGAGCUAACACGGGACUGGACUAUGUUUCACUACAGGUGCUGCCUCCUUUACUCCUCAUGCUGGUCAUCUACACAGAGAUCUUCUACAUGAUCCACAAGCAGCUCAACAAGAAGGUGAGGUGACCACCGCCCCUCCUCCCAUCUAUGUAGCCUCGCCCCACCUCUGUUUGUGCUAUCUUGCCAACUCCUUGUCACUCAUUGCCAUACCAAACAGGAGACUUCCAUAAGGAGUUGGCAAAAAAACAGAAACAGACUGUCACGCCCUGGCUCUGGGGGACUCUUAUAUGUUGAGCCAGGGUGUGGAUGUUCUAUGUGUUAUUUUCUAUGUUUUGGUUCUAGUUCGUGUAUUUCUAUGUUGGCCAGGGUGGUUCCCAAUCAGAGGCAGCUGUAGCUCGUUGUCUCUGAUUGGGGACCAUACUUAGGCAGCCUGUUGGCACAUGUUUAUUGUGGGAUCGUUGUUCCCGGAAGGUUUGUGUUCAACUCAGGACUUCACGUAUCGUUUUGUUUUGUUGUUUUUGUUUGUUUGUGUACUAGAAAUAAAGAAUGUACGCAUAUCCCGCUGCGCCUUGGUCCGCUGUUUACAACGAGCGUGACACAGACUAGAACCUAGGCUACUAGAUUAUCUAUCUAGGGGGAAAUGGAUCCCCUGAGUAUAUGUAUAUGGCUAUAAAAGCUAUAGAAAUUAUGAUUUGUUUAUUUCAAUAAUACGUUAUUGAAGGUAAUCUUUCUUCUUACAGGCUUGCACCACCAGCCACACCGACCCCAACAAGUACUACAACAAGGAACUCAAACUGGCCAAGUCGCUGGCCCUGGUCCUCUUCCUGUUUGCCAUCAGCUGGCUUCCCCUCCACAUCAUCAACUGCGUCACGCUGUUCUGUCCGACCUGCGACAAACCCCUGUUCCUGAUCUACAUCGCUAUAUUGCUCACGCACGGCAACUCAGCCGUCAACCCCAUCGUCUACGCCUUCCGCAUCAAGAAGUUCCGCGACGCUUUCCUGAAGAUCUGGAAGCAGUACUUCUGUUGUAAGGACGUACCCGCCAUUUUGAAUCAGCCUAGUGAGAAGGAUCGGAAAGAGAACCAGAAUGAGAAUGAGAACGGGAAUCCUAAUCCGAACAGAGACUCACAGCCAGCUCUAUCGCCACCACAAGAAGGGCAGCAGCCUCCACUAGAGCAGAUGCAGGAGGCCAAACCCUAA